ACACACACACACACACACACACACACACACAGGGUAGUGUUUCGGAAAAGCCUCCUUCGCUGUGCCCCCCUUGAACUGGACCGGGUCCACCAGAACCUCGGGUCCGGUUCCGACCGUCCAGCCGCCGUCAAACAGCGCGCGCCGACCCCGGGUCCUCGCUAGUGCGGUUUACCGGCGCGCCCGGUCCUCACAGAGCCGCUAAGCCGGCGCUCACACACACAGCCGUUGCGGAAGCCCGGAGCACCGAGGCGGCGCUAGAAGCCAUUAGCAUAUUAAGCAGUUCUGCUGGAUGGACGGCUGAACCGAGCCUCCCGGACCGAACCAGCACCACACCGUCGGCUCAGCCUCAGUUUGCCGGGAUUCUGCUGCCGUCCGCCUGCCGAGGAGAUGGGGGACAAGGCGGGCACCAGAGUUUUCAAGAAGUCCAGCCCCAACUGCAAGCUCACGGUCUACCUGGGAAAGAGGGACUUUGUGGACCACCUGGACCACGUCGACCCGGUUGAUGGAGUGAUCCUGGUGGACCCGGAGUACCUGAAGGACCGCAAAGUCUUCGUCACCCUGACCUGCGCGUUCCGCUACGGCCGCGAGGAUCUGGACGUUCUGGGCCUGUCCUUCAGGAAGGACCUCUACAUCUCCACCUUCCAGGCCUUCCCGCCGGUUCCGGAGGAGAAGAAACCCAACAGCCGUCUGCAGGAGCGGCUGCUGAAGAAACUGGGCCAGCACGCUCACCCGUUCUACUUCACAAUCCCUCAGAACCUGCCCUGCUCCGUCACCUUACAGCCCGGCCCAGAGGACACCGGCAAGGCCUGUGGCGUCGACUUUGAGAUCAGAGCGUUCUGCGCCAAGUCGAUAGAGGAGAAGAUCCACAAGAGGAACUCGGUGCGUCUGGUGAUCAGGAAGGUCCAGUACGCCCCGGAGAAGCCGGGCCCUCAGCCCAUGGUGGAGACCACCCGCAGCUUCCUCAUGUCCGACAGAUCCCUGCACCUGGAGGCGUCCUUAGACAAAGAGCUGUACUACCACGGAGAGCCCAUCAGCGUGAACGUCCACGUCACCAACAACUCCACCAAGACGGUGAAGAGAGUCAAGAUCUCAGUGCGGCAGUACGCCGACAUCUGUCUAUUCAGCACCGCCCAGUACAAGUGUCCAGUGGCCCAGCUGGAGGCAGACGACCAGGUGUCGUCCAGCUCCACCUUCUGUAAGGUGUACACUCUGACCCCGACGCUGGACAAGAACAGAGAGAAGAGAGGACUGGCUCUGGACGGGAAGCUCAAACAUGAAGACACCAACCUGGCCUCCUCCACCAUAGUGAAGGAUGUCACCAACAAGGAGGUCCUGGGCAUCCUGGUGUCCUACAGAGUCAAAGUCAAACUGGUGGUGUCACGUGGAGGGGACGUGUCGGUGGAGCUGCCCUUCAUCCUCAUGCAUCCCAAACCGGUGGAGCCGCCCGCGUCCCGCCCUCAGUCAGCCGUGCCGGACUCGGACCCGCCCAUCGACACCAACCUCAUCGAGUUCGACACAAACAGCGUCUCCCAGGACGACGACUUCGUCUUCGAGGACUUUGCUCGCCUGCGGCUCAAAGGCGCCGUGGACGACAAGGACGAGGACUGCUAGGAGCCGAGCGAGCCGCCGCCGCUUCAUCACACACCUGCACACACCUGCACACACCUGCACACACCUGCACACGUUACAUUCCCAGCAGGAGGCGGCGCCUGGACGGAGGCUCGCCGGGCUUCUUCUUCUCUUGCUUUGACUCCAUCUGCCUGCUUCUGCCGCCAUCUUCCCCUCCAUCAGUGGGCGGGGCUUAAACCAGCUCUUACCUGUUAGGUGUUUCUGAAGCAGGCCGCCUCCCAGCCACACGGGCCCUCUGAGGGUUCUGGUUCUGAAGCCCAGCAGCUCCCGACCCGCUUACAGUCCUUCAGAUGGUUCCUGAAACAACAGCUGGGGUUCUGAGUUCAGGCUGAAGCUGCAGAGGUCCGGUUCUGGUUCUGAAACGCUUUGAUCGGGCCGUAGUCACUAACCGGGCCUGCCGAGGUUCUGCUGCUGAAGCUGGGAUUUAUCCCGACUUUUAAAGAUAAUCUGAGUUUCAAACCACAACCGGACCUGCAGCUUUGAGGAAACUGCUGCCGUCUGCGUCAGAGCCGGUUCUGGUUCUGGUACCAAUCCAGUUUAUGGUGUGGGGAAAGCCCAGAUUUCCUGUCAGAGUUCUGUUGGUUUCAAAAGUUCUGAAGUUAAAGAUUGAAAUCAGAACCGGCGCAGCAGAUUCCUCCCAGCUCUGCUUCCAUGAUCAAAACCAGCAUUCCCGUUUACGCCGACCCGUUCGGACCUCCAGCUGGUCUCGGUUCUGACGGGCCGAACCCGUGUUGCUUCCUGUUGUCAGUCCAGACGGUGCCUUCAGAGUCUCUGCUGCCAACCGGACCUCCCAGCGCCUCAAUCCGGGCCUGAACCCACGUUCUCCAGACCGGGUCUGAAAGAGUUCUGGUUCUGGACGACGAUGGCCCGUUUCUAUGGCAACGCUGUCCCACGUCUAACCUGAACUAAACGGUAAUAAGCUGCCACCGGUUCCCACAGGGAGGUCCAUCUUCUGGUUCUGGGUUCUGCCAAGUUUGAUGACCCACGUCUGCCCAGAACUCACCGGACGGUUUAAGAUCCGCUUUACUGUAAAGUCCAAACUGUUUGGUACCGACCCGUUUAUGUUCCACCGGGUCUUCAGCCAGAACCUCCCAAUAAAAACGUUCUGCAUUAGAACUUUUACCCGGUUCUGUUAAAUCAUCGCCGCUGAGCAACUGGACCUGAAAUUAUUCCCCCUUUUCAAAUCUGAAACUUUGGUUCUGAUUCUGCCAAAAACAGAACCAGAGGUUCUGACUGCCAGAGUUCUCCCUGACCUCCAGGUCUGGGGUUCUCUGAAGCGGUUCCGAAGGCGUCGGCCCGUUCUGGGAACCCGUUCUGGGAACCUUCCAGUCGGCGCUGAACGGAGCGAAGCUGGUGCCAAAGCUGCAGGCAGCAGCCGGGCUCCUUCAGAACCGAGCCGGUCCAGGAGGUCCGAUGUUCCGUGUUGCCCCGUCCCGCAGUGCUGUGAAUCGUAGCGAGCUGUGGUUCUGUCCUGGUCCGUCGUGCAUCUGUGGGGUAACUUCGCUCUAAGUGUAAAAUAUUCUGACAAGUGCCACGCCCCGGCCCGUUUGAUGCUAACAUAACGUCUAUAGAACCAGAACCACAGGGUUCUGCUUCUGUUAUUCUGCUUCAGAUUCUUCUUCUUCUAUUAUUAUUAUUAUUAUUAUUAUUCUGGUGACUAUUAUUACAGCUACUGUAUCAUCAGCGACCAUGAUUAUCCUCGUAAUCAGUUCUGUUUGCCAUGUAUUUUUAUUUCAGAUUUUUAUUUUAGUUUCCUUUUUAUUAUUAAAGUGAAAUGAACUAACA